AUGGACGGCUCCUCCCACACUUUGACUCCCUUCAACCAACCUCAGUCCACCGCACACAUCUCACCAGGAUAUUCAUCGCAACCUCAAAACACCCUGGGUCUCGCAGCCGCAGCCGCCGCCGCCGCAGUCAACAGUCAAACCGCCCAGAUGCAGCUUCAAUCUCAAGCUCCCACUGUUAACGCCAGCGAGCAACAAAAUCUCACCGAUCUUUCACAAACCUCUGCUGCUGCUGCUGCUGCUGCAACGAUGGGCCAACCUGCAGCGGACACCUACCCCCACCAAGUCACUGGGUCGGGCGGUCCCACGGCGACGGCACCUUUCUUACGAGACUUCAGUCUUGUUGCAGAGGCAGCCAAGCGGGCACAAAUGUCCGUGAUGGUGCGAGAUCUGGAGAGUGUCACGCUAUAA